GGGCGGGCGGGAGCGCGCGCCGGGCCCGCCUCGGCCCCCGCGCCGCCGCCGCCGGCGGGGAACGAGCUGGGCGGCCGCGGGCGGCCCCGACUAGCGGCCACGAGCCACUGGUGCGGCUGCCCAGCGGAGCGGAGGCCGCCGGGCCCGCGUCGUCGUCGUCUCGGCCGCCCCGGGAGUGGCGCGGGGCAGCUCGCCGCUUAUGUCAGAAAUACACUUCCGGGAAAUGGCCUCCAAAUCUUGGCUGAAUUUUCUAAUCUUUCUCUGUGGAUCAGCAAUAGGAUUUUUUUUAUGUUCUCAACUGUUUAGUAUUUUAUUGGGAGAACAGGGCGACACCCAGCCUAAAAUUCUUCAUAAUGAUCCUCAUGCUAGGCACUCGGAGGACAGUGGACAGAACCACCUGCAGGGACAAAUCAACUUCAAUGCGGACUCGAGCCAGCAUAAAGAUGAGAACACAGACAUCGCUGAAAACCUCUAUCAGAAAGUUAAAAUUCUCUGUUGGGUUAUGACAGGCCCUCAAAAUCUAGAGAAAAAAGCCAAACACGUCAAAGUGACAUGGGCCCAGCGCUGUAAUAAAGUGUUGUUUAUGAGUUCAGAAGAAAAUAAAGACUUCCCUACUGUGGGAUUAAAAACCAAAGAAGGCCGAGAUCAACUGUAUUGGAAAACAAUUAAAGCUUUUCAGUAUGUUCAUGACCAUCAUUUAGACGAUGCUGAUUGGUUCAUGAAAGCAGAUGAUGAUACCUAUGUCAUACUGGACAACUUGAGAUGGCUUCUUUCAAAAUAUGACCCUGAACAGCCAGUUUACUUUGGGAGAAGAUUUAAGCCCUAUGUGAAGCAAGGCUACAUGAGUGGAGGAGCAGGGUACGUACUAAGCAAAGAAGCCCUGAGGAGAUUUGUUGAUGCAUUCAAAACAGACAAAUGUACACAUAGUUCCUCCAUUGAAGACUUGGCCCUCGGGAGGUGCAUGGAAAUCCUCAAUGUGCAAGCAGGGGACUCCAGAGACACCACUGGGAAAGAGACUUUUCAUCCCUUUGUCCCAGAACAUCAUCUAAUCAAAGGUUACCUGCCCAGGACCUUUUGGUACUGGAAUUACAACUAUUAUCCUCCUAUAGAGGGUCCGGGUUGCUGUUCUGAUCUUGCAGUUUCUUUUCAUUAUGUUGAUUCUACAACUAUGUAUGAAUUAGAAUACCUCGUUUAUCAUCUUCGCCCAUAUGGUUAUUUAUACAGAUAUCAACCUGACUUACCUAAAAAUACAUUAAAGGAAGUAAGUCAAGCAAACAAAGAUGAAGAUUCAAAAGUAAAAUUAGGAAACCGCUGAAGGAAGAUGUCUGGCAUUGCAUCGAAGGACCUCUGCGUGCUUUACAGGAGCCUGAUCUCAGUGAGCAGUUCUAAGUGGACAUUCCACAGACAUCUUUGAUACAUAAAUGACUCUAAACUGAAGCUUUAAAUGA